AUGUGUUCGAAGAGCGGAAAAUUCACUGAAAAUGUGACUAUUGAUAAUUAUGUGGCUGUGGUGACUGGUGCUAAUAUUGGUAUUGGUUUUGAAGUGGCUAAAGAGCUGAAUUUGAGAAAAGCAAAGGUGAGAUAUUUUUAAAAAUCAAAAUUUUUUAUUCCAAGAUUUUUUCUGAAAGGAAAUUAACUUCUUGGAUAAAGUUCUUGAUCGACCAAAUUUUUUUUAAAAUUGAAAACAGGUCUUCUAGAAUUUUCUAAAAUAAUUGAAUUUCUAGGUUUACAUGGUAUGUCGAAGUGCGAAAAAUGCAGAAUCUGCAAAAACCCAACUCGUGAAUCUUGGCUGUGAAUCAUCGCGUCUUCAAUUCAUUCAAUGCGAUUUCACAAGUUUCGAAAGUGUCAAAAAUGCGGCGAAUGAAAUACUUCGACUAGAAAAUCAUAUCGAUAUUUUGGUGAACAAUGCGGCUGUUUUGAUGACGAAAUUCGAAAUGACAGGAGAUGGAUUUGAGAAAACGUGGCAAACCAAUUAUUUGGGACCAUUCUUGUUCACCGAAUUGUUGUUGCCAGCUAUUAAAAAAUCAGAAAAUGGCGGAAGAAUUGUGAAUGUUUCUUCGGAUAUUCAUGAGAGAGUUAAGAAAUUGGAUUAUGAGAAAAUCAAUUAUGAAAAUCAUUUUGGCGAUUGGAACUCUUAUGGGGAAAGUAAAGUGGCUAUUGUGAGUUGGGGGUUGGGGUCGAACCCUGGUUAUGAAAAUAGUAGACAGACACGCAACCACUUGGCCACGCUGCUCGUUUCUAUUUUCAAAAUUUUUCGGAUUUUUCCAGAUUCUUUAUUCUCGCCACCUUACUCGCCGCCUCGAACAAUCCAAUUCUUCAGUCACCGUAAACUCUCUCCAUCCAGGAGUUGUCAACACUGAUUUAUUGCGAAACACAGUAUUCGCAAAGCCAGUUGUCAUUUCAAUCUCCCGAUUUUUUGCCAAUAUUUUCUUGAAAACUCCACUCGAUGGUGCCCAAACUGUUUUAUAUGUGGCGCUGAGCACGAAAAUUGAGCGAGUUUCCGGAAAAUAUUUUGUGUGAGUUGAAAUUUAGAUUUUCUCUUUGGAAUACCUUGAUUUUGCAGAGACUGCAAACUUGCCAACGAAUCUGAACUUGCCAAAAAUGAUCAAGCCAGCGAGCAACUCUAUAAUUACAGUAUUGAAAAAGUUUCCAAAUUUUUAUGA